CGGGCUUUCUAGUUACAUGUAACUAAAUCCCAGAACUAAAGUGUGCGCAAGUGUGUGUAGAGAGAGAGAUGCAGAAGCGGGAGCAGGGCAAACAGGGCGGAGGUCCCGGCGGCUCGAACACUCCGGCGGCGAAGAGAGGACGCCCCUUCGGAAGCAGCACCAACGCAGCCGCGGCGGCGGCAGCGGACACGGCAGCGCCUUUGACACUCCUCGGCCCAUCUCUGCAAGUCCACUCCUCCUUCGCCGAUCAAAAUAACAAAAGAAUUGUUCUGGCUCUUCAAAGUGGAUUAAAGAGUGAGCUGACAUGGGCACUCAAUACUCUCACAUUACUAUCAUUCAAAGAAAAGGAUGAAGUGCGUAAAGAUGCAACUGCUCUUGCAAAAAUACCUGGGUUGCUCGAUGCUCUUCUCCAAGUUAUAGAUGACUGGCGGGAUAUAGCCCUACCAAGGGAGCUGGUAAAGGCGCCAAGGGUGAGAUCAUUAGGUGCAAAUUCUAUUGUAACUGGAUUUGGGAAUGAAUACGAGGCAUUGGGCUCCUCUGUUCCCCAUCCUAGCCUGGGAUCUGGUUCUUCUGUCACUGAGGCAUCCACACAGAAGGCUACACCCAAGCCUCGUCCUCCGGGGUGGUGGUUUGAUGAAGAAGCCCUGUUUAAUCGGGAUGAGGAUGGGCGGUCAGAAAAGCAGCAGUGUGCUGUUGGUGCUUCCAAUAUUAUCCGCAACUUCUCUUUCAUGCCCGAUAAUGAAGUCAUUAUGGCACAGCAUCGUCAUUGCUUGGAAACGAUGUUUCAGUGCAUUGAAGAUCAUAUUACAGAGGACGAUGAACUUGUCACAAAUGCCCUUGAGACAAUUGUAAAUUUGGCUCCAUUGCUGGAUCUUCGAAUCUUUAGCUCAUCAAAGCCUUCCUACAUCAAAAUAAAAGAGAAACGUGCAGUCCAGGCCAUCAUGGGGAUGCUGGGAUCUACUGUCAAGUCCUGGCAUUGUGCAGCUGCAGAAUUACUUGGGCGUUUGAUAAUAAAUCCUGAUAAUGAACCUUUCCUUCUUCCUUUUGCCCCACAGAUCUAUAAGCGUUUAGUAGACCUUUUAAGCUCACCAGCUAUUGAUGCACAAGCUGCUGCUGUUGGCGCACUCUAUAACCUCGCAGAAGUUAAUAUGGACUGCCGGUUGAAGCUUGCAAGCGAGCGAUGGGCAGUUGAUCGGCUGCUGAAAGUCAUUAAGGCACCACAUCCAGUGCCAGAAGUUUGCAGGAAAGCAGCGAUGAUAUUAGAGAGUCUCGUCUCAGAGCCGCAGAACAAGGCCCUGCUGCUAUCUUAUGAGAAUGCCUUCGCUGAGAUACUUCUAUCAGAUGGAAAAUAUUCAGAUAUGUUUGCCAGGAUAUUGUAUGAGUUGACAUCUCGGCCAAGCAACAAAGUGGCAACAGCUCGUGGGUUUUGGGGCAUGUAACCAAAACUCUGUUUCAUCUCCAUUUUCUAGUUAUUCGGCUCUGGCUGGCAUUUUAAAAAAAUGUUGGUUGAGAAUUAGGCCAAGUACAUGUAUCUGUGCAUAUUAGCUAACUGAAAAAUAUUUAUAUUCGAAAUUCACAACAGCCAUUGUCAUGGGGUUCACUUUUUGGUUCUUCGCUAUGUUUCAUGGCUAAAUUGGUUCCAUUUGAAAGCUGUAAUGCUGUUGUACUUUUCAUGUUUAUGUAGAACAAAUUUAGUUUAUAUGGCUUUUGAAUUAUCACUAAA